AGCCAGGAGCCUGGACAGGAGGCAGGAUGGAAGCAGGGGCAAUGGCUGGAGCCUGGGUGCUGGUCCUCAGUCUGUGGGGAACAGCGGUAGGCUGUCAAAACCUCACAGCUCAGAUCGGGAAGCCACUGGUGCUGAACUGUAAGGGUGCUCCCAGGAAACCACCCCAGCAGCUGGAAUGGAAACUGAACACAGGCCGAACAGAAGCCUGGAAGGUCCUGUCUCCCCAGGGAGACCCCUGGGGCAGUGUGGCUCGCGUCCUCCCCAACGGCUCCCUCCUCCUGCCGGCCAUCGGGAUCCCAGACGAGGGGACUUUCCGGUGCCGGGCAAGGAGCCGGAAAGGAAAGGAGAUCGGAUCCACCUACCGAGUCCGAGUCUACCAGAUUCCUGGAAAGCCAGAAAUUGUUGAUCCUGCCUCUGAACUCAAGGCUGGUGUCCCCAAUAAGGUGGGGACAUGUGUGUCUGAGGGGGGCUACCCUGCAGGGACUCUUAGCUGGCACUUAGACGGGAAACCCCUGAUACCUGAUGGCAAAGGAGUGUCUGUGAAAGAAGAGACCAGGAGACAUCCUGAGACAGGGCUUUUCACACUCCAGUCAGAGCUGAUGGUGACCCCAGCCCAGGGAGGAGCACCACACCCCACCUUCUCCUGUAGCUUCAUCCCUGGCCUUCCCCGGCGCCGAGCCCUACGCACAGCCCCCAUCCAGCUCAGUGUCCGGGACCCUGUGCCUCUGGAGGAGGUCCAGUUGGUGGUGGAGCCAGAAGGUGGAGCAGUAGCCCUUGGUGGUACCGUGACCCUGACCUGUAAAGCCUCCACCCAGCCCCCUCCUCAAAUCCACUGGAUCAAGGAUGGAACACCCCUGCCCCUUCCCCCCAGCCCAGUGCUGCUCCUCCCUGAGGUGGGGCCUCAGGAUCAAGGAACCUACAGCUGUGUGGCCACCCACCCCAGCCAGGGACCCCAGGAAAGCCGUGCUGUCAGCAUCAGCAUCAUCGAAACAGGCGAGGAGGGGCCAACUGCAGGCUCUGUGGGAGGGCCUGGGCUGGGAACUCUAGCCCUGGCCCUGGGGAUCCUGGGAGGCCUGGGGGCAGCUGCCCUGCUCAUUGGGGUCAUUGUGUGGCAAAGGUGGCGACGCCAAGGAAAGGAGAGGAAGGUCCCAGAAAACCAAGAGGAGGAGGAAGAGCGUGCAGAGCUGAAUCAGUCGGAGGAGCCCGAGGCAGCCCAGAGCGGUGCAGGAGGGCCCUGAGGGGCCCCCAGCCACCCCGAUCCCUCAGCUCCCUUUUAUUUUCCCCACACAGUUUUGGCCCCAGACCAGUUCUCCUUUGUAUAACCUCUACUUAC